AUGCCACGACAUGGAAAUAUUUCAAAUUACGGUCUCCAUCUUCCAUCCAUGAGAUUUUUGACCGUUGAUGCCAUAUUUGUAACAUCUCCACUGGAAAAGCAUAAGUCUGCCUCUCGAACUAGGUUAGUUUACGGAUCAUUCCGUGUUCUUUUUGGGGUGCUAACUGCUCCAAUUGGGAGAGUGAAACUCCUGAUCCAGUGCCAAGAUGAGAUGAUCAAGUCAGGUAGACUACCUAAGCCUUCAUUACUGAUUGUUCUGGCAAAGCAGUUCACAAUUCCUUUAUAUAGACUACCUAAGCCUUAUAAAGGAAUUGUGAACUGCUUCGCCAGAACAAUCGGUAAUGAAGGCUUCAGAUCCCUUUGGAGAGGCUACAUCCCUGGUGUCAUCAGCGACGUUUCCUUUAGAGUAAUAAGCUUUGGCUUUAACAACUAUUUUCUGACUUUAACCAAUUUCAAGAAAGACAAAGAUGGCUACUGGAAAUGGUUACUCGGAGGCUUGGGAGGAGGAAUUUUUGCUAAUUUAGCAACUCAUUUUGUUGUUUAUCCCCUAGAUUAUGCCCAGACUCGCCUAGCCAAUGAUAUCAAGACAAACAAUAAGAUUGAAGAAAGGCAAUUCAAAGGUUUGAUUGAUGUCUACAAAAAAACUAUAAGAUCAGGUGGCAUAGCUGGACUGUACCGUGGAUUUGCUAUCUCAUGUUGUAAAAGCUUAUUAAGUACUGGGGUCUACUUUGGCAUACAUGUUAUCUUCAGGCCGUUUAUGUUACACUGGGUCCGGUCACAGGAUGACUUCUUGGCUGCACCAGUAAUGGCAGUGGGAGUUGCAGUUUGUCAAAAGAUGGCAACUUACCCAUUGGACACUGUAAAUAGGAGGAUGAUGAUGACCUCUGGAGAAGUUAAGUAUCAGAGUUCAAUGCAUGCAUUUGCAGAGAUUAUCAGGAAUGAGGGUGUUAAGUCCCUUUAUAAGGGUGGAGGUGCAUGCAUCCUCGAAAAAAUAACUUUAUCCGUUAUUUUGACUGUUUUUGUCACAAGAUUGCACGAUUAUUUUCCACAAAGAAGUCUAAUUCUGUAAAGAGGAAUGGGCCGGCUGGUGGUGGUCAAUCUGCAUCAACUCUCGCCAUUAAAUGGACAUAUGGUAAGAAGGACUAGGGGCAACGGUGGUGGAGGCCCACGCAGAAAUUUCUCUUCUAAGGUGAACAAUGAUUUAGAUUUUCUUUACAAUUAGAGUUCAGUUGACAGUCUGAGAAAGGUCUUCUGUAAUAUAAUAUUAUAGGAAGUAAAACAAUAGUUCCUAGGUU